CUGCGCCGCAUCCGGGCAACGCGGCGCGCGUGGGGCCUGUCCAACUGGUCAGACCGGGAACUGCGAGAGGCGGUCGGUGGCCUUAAUGACGGGUCUUCAGCCUCCAAUUUCAUACCGGAGGACACGCUGGUUCGCGUGUUCGCUGUGGUUGACGAGACCAUCCGGCGACGCCUGGGGUUAUGGAACGUUUUUGACCUGCCGGAUGCGGACGACGAGCCGAGCAUGGCAGCCGCCCGCCGGGAGCUAACCGCCACCGGCCGAGGUCGCUACCCGGGUAGUGACCUGCUUCUUCCGGCGGAGUUUUACCGGGCGGCCCGCCGCCGGCUGGACCACGAACGCGAGGGACGCCACUUUCGCCCCACCGAUCAGCAGCUGCUGGCCGGAUUGCAUCUGUGCAACCGGCGGAUCGUGGAGGUGGCUGCGGGAGAGGGCAAGACCGUGGCCGCCGCGUUCCCGUCGGCGCUGUAUGCUCUGCUGGGUCACACCGUCCACGUGGUCACCGCCAACGACUACCUGGCCGCCAGGGACUGCGAGCGGCUGGCGCCAGUGUACCGAGCGCUGGGGCUGAGGGUGGGCGCAGUGCUGGACCACAUGGCGGGUCCGGAGCGGCGGGAAUCCUACGCCAACCGGAUAAUUUAUGGCACGCUGCGUGAGUUUGCCUUCGAUUACCUGCGGGAUCAGCUGGUAAUGUCCCCGGACGACCAAAUCCAGGGGCCGCUGGAUGUCGCCAUUAUCGACGAGGCGGAUCAGACGUUGCUGGACGAGGCUGUCACCCCGCUGGUCAUUGCCGGCGCUCCCAUCGUCAGCCGGCGGGCCAUCGUUCGCGCAGACCGGGCGGUACGGGGUCUCGUCGCAGAGCAGGCCCAGUUGGCGGCGGAAUGCCGGCGCCAACUGGAACAGUCGGUCCAGGACGGUCAGGCGAACGACAAAUUGGCAAUCCUGUUGGCCCGAGCCAUGCUGGCCCAGCCGGACGAUGAAUCGACGCGCCAGCUGGCCGCAUCCCAACCUCGCCUGCGCCGCCGGGCACUGUCCCUGAUCGAUACGGACGGCUCCGGCAGACCCCACCCGGAGGUUGGGGAAGGUUUGUACUGCCUGAUUUAUAUUCCGCUGACCCUGCCCACGGCGGCGACGAAAAACGGCUCCCGACGGGCUGUUCAGCGGGCCAAUCUGGUCAACCAGGUGCAUCAGUUGCUGCGAGCCCACCUGCUGCUGCGCCGGGGCGUCGACUACGUGGUGGGCGAUGACCAGAUAGUGCUGGUGGACCGCGACACCGGUCGGCCUCGUCCUGACACCCACUAUCAGGACGGUCUACACCCAGCGGUGGAAGCCAAAGAGGGCGUGACCGUCCAUCCUGACCGCCGCAGCCUCGGUGAAAUCAGCGUGCCGGGUUUUGCGCGUCGCUACCGCAGCCUCGCUGGCCUCACCGGCACGGCCCAAGCUGCGAGCGACGAGUUCCGUCGCCUGUACGGCUUGGAUGUGGAAGUGGUUCCCGAUACGCGACACACGCGGCGCCGGGACCUGCCCAGCCGGGUGUAUGCUCAAGCCGAUGACCAAUUGAACGCCGUUGUGGACGAGGUCCGUCACUGUCAGCGGUCGGGCCGCCCGACUCUGGUGGCCACACGGACGGUGGCACAGUCGGAGGCCGUGAGCCGGCGACUGACGGUGGCCGGCAUUCCCCACUCGCUGCUCAACGCCGCCACUGGCCACGAGGAAGUGGACAUCGUUCGCGUUGCCGGACAGCCCGUUGCCGUAACGGUGGCAACCAACAUGGCCGGCCGCGGCACCGACGUGAUGCUGCCUCCUGACCUCGAUCGCUUCAUCCUGGUGCGCUUCGCCGCGCUGCUGGAGGAAUUGCUGGUGACUGACCCGGACGGCAGGGCGGUGGGCGUGAAGGCCAACACGCCAGCCGAGGCUAACCUAUUGGCCCAGGCAUUGGUGGCUAACCCCCGGAUGUCAGCCGCGCGGGCCGGCCAGGGUGGCCGUCUUGCGGUGCACCUCCGGGGGACGGACCCGGCGCCGCCUUUGGCUGUCACGCUAGAGUUCGGACUGGGCCUCCACGUCGUCAGCACGGAAUUCAACGAUUCUCCUCGGGUUGGCACUGCAACUGCAGGGCCGGAGCGGACGCCAGGGUGCUUUCGGCUCCACUCGCAGCCUGCUGGUCAGUUGCGGCGGAGGCGAGAUGCAGCCCAGCGGGAGGCAUCCGGUGCACGGGCACUGUUGCUGGAGUACGCUGCGGUGUUGGACCGCCACGCCGACGAUUACUAUCUGGCCCGGCAGGAUACACUGGUUGCCGAGCCCGACCGACUGAGGCAGUGGGCCGAUGACGCGGCCCGUUUCGCCACGACCGGCCUCGCCGGCCGACAUUUUCCUGGUCUCGUUGCCGACGAUUACGCACGACGCUUCGCGGCUCUGGCCGCAGAACUGUGGGUUCGGUACGGCGUGGACGCUGAGCCGGCCUGGGGCCAUUCCCUGGAUGCACUGGAAGGCGCGCUGGCAGAAUUGUUGCAACAGCGUUUGGCGGAACGACAGGACCAACUGGGCUCGGCACGAUUCGCCGAGUUGUCCCGAUUACUGCUUUUGCAGGCCGGCGAUGAACUGUGGGAAAAUCACCGGGCCGACUUGAGGGGGAUGGCCGCCGUUUCUAGAAUGGAAACGCAUUUGCCAAAGACCGUAAUUGCCGAGUAUGUGAUCUCCGCUGACGCCGCCUGGCAACGUUUUCGAGAAGAAGUAUCCGAUAGCUUCCUGUCCCAAAUAUGUCAUUUUCCCAUCGCCGGGUUGCCCAUCCCUCCGGAGAAUGGCCCCGCACCGUCGUCGCCGUUGGUCGUGGACCCGCGGCUGGCCCAGCUCACAUUUUGA